CAGUUUCAGUCUGGCGAUGUCUUCUCACCAAGGAAGAGUGUUGUUGGCAUGUUUCCCAUUCGAUCAGAAUGUUGGUACAGGUUUGCUUUGGCGUUAGUCGUUUUAACUGAGUGCAGUUCAAAUAACAUUGGUGAUGUAACAGCUCGCAUACUAGUCAAAAAUUGGCGGAGGAAAGCGGAAGAAGAACGCGCAAAAUUCUUCAAUCGCCUACCGAAAAAUGUGGAAUCCUCGUAUACGACGCCCGAAGUGAUCAAAAAUCGAGGUUAUCCGGUAGAAACUCAUCACGUAACCACAGACGAUGGAUAUAUUCUAGAGCUUCAUCGUAUCCCACCCCAAUUAUCGACAGGCCCAAAGAAGGUUGUGCUUUUAAUACAUGGUGUGUUGGAGUCUUCCGGCACUUGGCUCGUCAAUCCUUCCAGCCGUUCUCUCGCGAUACUGUUGGCAUCUCAGUCGUACGACGUAUGGCUCGGUAAUUACCGGGGCAACAGGUACGCAAGAAGACAUACAACCCUCAAUCCCAAACGAGCUCAAUUUUGGAAAUUUAGUUGGGACGAAAUAGGGGAUCACGAUAUUCCAGGAAUCAUUAAUUAUAUAUUAAAAGAAACUAGGCAAUCGACGUUGUCUUAUAUUGGACAUUCGUUGGGAUGCGGUGCGUUUUUUAUCGCCAUGAUCAAACACCCGGAGCUCAACGCAAAAAUUGAUGCCAUGGUUGGCCUUGCACCCUUAUCUUCCUUUGCACAUUUCACUACUGCGCUAUUCCGCAUCUUGGCUCCGUUUGGUAAACUUUUUGAGGCUAUUCUCAAGUCGAUUGGAACUUGGGGAUGGCUUGACAGCCAAGGUAUCCCCGAUGUUUUAUACGACCUAAUAUGUGAACAAACGUACCACCAAGCGCGAUUCUGCAGAGACUUGUUCAUGGCAAUUGCAGGACCAAACCCGGAUAAUUUUGAUGUGGAAAUUAUACCGCUGGUGGGGUCCAAUUAUUUGAUGGGAACUUCAGUACCUGUCAUUGCGCAAUUCGCGCAAAAUUACGCUGCAGGCGAAACAUUUCAGGCUUAUGAUUACGGAUGGAAAGGUAACCUGAUGCGAUACGGAUCAACCAAACCGUUGGAAUACGACCUAGGAAAGGUUACGGCUCCGGUGUACGUCUUCUCGGGAGGGAAUGACCGUAUAGUAACCCCAAUGGACGUAGAUUGGCUCCUCACACAACUCGGCAACCUCAAAGAUUCUACGCGUAUUGGCAAUUAUAACCACCUUGAUUUUAUAUGGGGGUCAGAUGUCAAAGAGAGAUUGUAUGAUCAAGUCAUUGCGCUUUUACCUCCUCCAUAACUAUAACAAAGGUUCAAGAAAGAGCAACUGGUUUCAGAAUGGACACUCC